AUGGAGGAGUACUUAAGCAAGAUGAAGCUUCUUUCAGAUCAUAUGGCUCUCGCUGGACAUCCACUGGCCCUGUCAGACCUCAUUAUGCAGACUCUUGCAGAUCUUGACGUCAAAUAUACUCCUAUGGUGGUUUAUUUAGCUGAUAAACCUGAUUUAUCUUGGAUCGACUUGCAGUCAUAUUUGCUCACCUAUGAAUGGCAUCUUGAGCACCUCACCAAUGCUUCCACUGUAAGUCACGCAUUUGCCAAUUUGAGUUUUCGUUCUGACAAUUCCACUAGCUUUAGUUCUACACAGGUCACUGGGUCUUCGUAUACUGGGUCACGACCUCCUUGGAAAGGUCGAGGACAAGGUGGACGCGGCAGAGGACGUCAUUCUAGAGGCAAUAAACCUAGUCACUCUCUCUCAUCAGCUUAUUAUGCAACCUCUGAGACUGGUCUAGACCCUGCUUGGUAUGUUGAUAGUGGUGCAUCUAAUCAUAUGGCACACUUGAAUGGAAAUGAUCCUCGAAAUAAUGAUGCAACAGGAUCAGAUAUACUUACAGUUGGUAAUGGUUCUGGCUUACGUAUUGCUGGUCAUUCCUCUGGUUUUAUUGGAUGUGGUAACAAUACCAAAUUAUCUUUGAAUGAUGUUCUAGUUGUUCCAGCUAUUAAGAAGAACUUACUUAAUGUCUCUGAACAACGAACAACGAGACGAUGUGCGUGCCUCUGA